ACUUGCUUGACUUCCUCUCUGAUGCUCUUGGACAGAGAGAAGGAUUUGCUGGGGAUCUUCUUGAUGGCCACCGUCCUGCCGUCGCUGUAAGACCAGGGUCGCACCAGCGUCAGCUCGCCUUUCCGUGUGGGUGGGGGGGUGAAAGGUCAAACGGACGAGCGUACUAGAUCCCUGCGCAGGUGAAGGUAGUCUUCCUGCUUCCCGUUUGUCCCCCACAGGAAGUGAGGGCCGUCAUGCAGCUGGUGUUGCUGUCGCUGUGGGCCACGGCCACGCUCAUCAAACUGCCCACGGUCACGCGCGCGUGCUGAUCUGCGGCGACAAAGACGAGACGUGUAUGUACUUCCUGCUUCCUCGUCCAAUUGCGAUAACCGCAAAUACAGUAUGCGGCGGAUUCCUGGACCUUGCUUGAUGAGGUCGAAAUCGAUGAUCCAGCUCUCAUCCCACAGUAGCUUCUGCUUCUGGUACCUCAGCCACUAAACACAGCAGACGCGUCAGAGGCGCACGGCGGCGCACGGCGGCGCGGGAGCUCUCACCAUAGCGGUCAGGACGAAGCAGAGGCACAGCAGGCUCAACGGCAGCCCGAUUGCCAGUUUGGCGGACGAGGUCAUGGGGCAUUCGCCACAGUCGGCGGGGCAGGUGGCACAAAGCUCCGGCUCCUGGCACUCUCCGUCACCGCAGACUGAAAGGUCCAAAAUGUAAUUACGCCUGGACGGCGCUGUGUUGACGUGCGUGUCGUACCUGCGGAGGGCAGUACGGUGGUCUUGGCCUCCAGCGCCACCUGCAUGCGGCCCACUCGGAUGUGAGCGAUGAGCGAGGUCAGGCCCACGUGGAGCAGAACCACCUGGGAGACGACGAGACUCCUUCACUAGGCCGUUCUUUCUUCUCUGCCAUGUUGCUCGACCUUACCUUGGCACUCCAGUUGGUUUGGGUCAUCUUGCCCGCAGUGGAGAUGGUGUGCGUGAAGAUCUUUCCGUCGUCGGGAAUCCACGGACCGCAGAUGCUCUCUGAAGUCUGAACACAAGAUUGAGCGAACGUGGUGUGUGUGUGUGUGUGUGUGUGUGUGUGUGUGUGUGUGUAUGCACGUACCAUGUAUCCCAGCGGGCAGGAGUGGAUGUUGGCGUGGUGAAUGCAGCAGUUUUCACCGUCUGCGUCUUUCCAGUUGGCGGGGCACUCGUGAUGUUGACAAAACCUCUGAGCAUCUUCCGUGUUCACUAUGGAACUGAACACGCAUCCAUGUACAGUGAACCCUCACCUAUUGGCGGUUCGCCGUUCACGGCAGGGCUCGGACCCCGUCGGGGGUUUACUCUACAUGCACACGUGUGCGGACCCGCGCUCAGUUAGUAGGGGUGCUGUGUUACCUGUGAGGGAAGAUGCGGUUCUCCACUGCCCAGCUGUAGAAGGAGUCGUGGGCGGAGACCGAGUAGACAACGGCGAACACCUCGCCGCUCUUAACCGUCUCGGGAGGCCGCAGCACCCACGCCAUCUCCAGACCUGCACGCCCACACGCCGGCGUGAGCGUUGCCGCCACCGACCCUGGACGCGAUGAAGACUCUCACCUCCGCAGCUGAUCAUGUUGGAGUCGUUGGGGCGCUCCAGAGGCCAGCAGUCGUACUCGCUGUUGUCAAGAUCGUGCCAGCAGGUCGCAGAUAAGAUGGAGGCGGACGGUGGAAGGUCUCACCCAGAUCAUGAAGCAGAGGUUGAUCUUCAUGACGGAUCGGACCGUACCAGGAUGGAGCGGACUGGAGAAAGACGUCUGCGGCUGUUGGAGGUUUGCAUCCAGAGUUUUCGUGUCCACCUCUUCUCGUCAGCCCUCUUCUUUGUGUCUACCAAUGAGCUCCCUCCAGCCGCUUGUCUUGUCCAGAGCAGAGAUCCCAUUCACCCUGGUUACCACCACCAAAACUCCCACCCCCCAUAAAGGUUUUAAAGUGCGUCAGGGAGGUGGCAGCCUCGCUGACAUGCUAACACGCUGCCGCAGCAGGAGAAGGAGCAGGAAAGGACAUUUUGGGAAGAAUUGUUGCAAUCAACUUGAAAAGGGCAAAAGAAAAGGGGGACCUGCAUGGAAAAAGAAGAGCUGCAAUUGUGGGUGUGUUCCCAGCUAUAAGUGGCCACUCGUACCUGCUACCGGCAUUGCUGCAGGAGCCUCACCACACACACACACUCACCUCUGUACUGCUGUCAGUCGGCGGGGCUCUGCAAGUUGUGCUCUCUACUCUUCAGAUGGUGGCUCUCAACUGUACUGUAUUUUCGGAAGAAUUGAAGUAAAAAUGAAAUAUCACCAUGUUCCAAGAUGUCGCAGCCGAUUGCCUUGAACCUCUGCUUGCUGGUGAUGCCAGUGAUGUCACUGCUGCUCUUCUCUCCCAUCGGCCGGAGCGACGAGAACGUCACCCUCAGCCCGGGCUGCCACUUGCACCCGUUCAACUUGAGCGUCCGCAGUGACCGGCGAGGCACGUGUCGAGGCACCCACCUGGUGCACGCCUGCGUGGGCUACUGCGAGUCCAGCGCUUUCCCGUCCAGAUACUCGGUGCUGGUGGCCUCCAACUUCACCCGCAACGUCACGUCGGCGUCGCGAUGCUGCACCAUCACCAAGGAGGCCAAGGUCAAGGUCCGCCUGGAGUGUCCCGGAGGGCGGCACCACGACGAGUUGGAGAUCCUGACGGCCAAGGCGUGUCGCUGCGACAUGUGCCGCACGUCCCGCUACUGACCGGACCCCACGUGACAUUUCGUACAUUAGAUGCCCGCCACCCGUAUUUCCGCAUUUGGACGACAUUGGACUUGAUAAUAAGGUGUACGCAUCAAAGAGUUCCAUUCCACUUUAAGACAGGAGCAGACAGUUUUGUCAAGAAUUAGUUGCACGGUUUACAAUAAGCAUAAACACGAGACUAAAGAAUGUAAAAGCAGCAAAUAUUUAUUCGUUUGACUUCAGUGAUAUUUUGUAAAUUAUAGCUAUUGGUGGAGCCAAUGAGUGUUUGAAAUGGCCGUAGAAGAAAGAUAGAUAUAUAGAAUAUUUCGGGGCUUUACAUUGUGUAAAUAAAAAAGGAAAAAAGCCUUUGAAAUUG